AUGGUGCUUGUCCUCGUCAUCGGGGACCUCCACAUCCCUACACUCACCCACGACCUUCCUGCAAAGUUCAAAAAGCUCCUCGUUCCCGGCAAGAUCGGCCAGAUCAUCUGUACCGGUAAUGUCUGCGACAAGGAGACGUACGACUAUCUGCGCACCAUCGCGCCGGACGUGCACGUCGUGCGCGGCGAGUUUGACGACAACAACCACUUCCCCCUCUCCCUCACGAUCAACCACCAGUCUCUGCGUGUAGGCGCUGUACACGGCCAACAAAUCGUGCCAGCCGGCGAUGGUGAAAUGCUCGCUGCCCUCGCAAGGCAGAUGGACGUCGACGUCCUCGUUAGCGGCGGUACCCACCGCUUUGAGGCGUUUGAGUUCGACGGCCGUUUCUUUGUUAACCCAGGCUCUGCCACUGGCGCCUGGAGUGGCCUCAACGGUGACGCCACGCCCAGCUUCGCGCUGUUGGAUGUGCAGGGCCCUGUGAUUGUCACCUACGUGUACCAGCUCGUGGACGGCGAGGUCAAGGUGGACAAGGUCGAGUACCGGAAACCGGACCCGCCACGGGGUGAGCAUGCCUCUGCUGCGCCAGAUGCGGCCUGGUAA